AUGUCGGCAGGGCACAGACAUGAAGAAAGUCCAUGUGUUCCAGCGCCCAGAAAGCUGAUUCCUCAACAGGCAGCCACCGAAGAACCCCAAAGCAGCCUGCAGUUGGCCGAUGGCAUCUUUGUUCGGGCGGCCUGCACCGAGCCCCGCGUGCUAGGUGCAGAAAUGCCUGCCCGCCCCCCCGCGCCCUCCCCCUCCCCCAUCCGGGCGCAGCCACCUGGGCUCGCGCGGGCUGCGCCACCGCCGGGCUCCGGGUGCACGGCUCCCCCUCCCGGCGGCCGAGGGCUCGCUCGCUCCCUCCGUGGCUCCCCCCCUCCCGGAGCGCACCCACACAAUGGACUCACUCGUUUCCCUCGAACCUCUCCGCCCACCGGCAGCCCCAGCCCGCAACUUGAGCAAGAGUCGGGCGGGCGCCCCCGCCGCGGACAGCGCCCCGCGGAGCCCGCCCCACGCGCCGGGAGCCACGCGCGCUCACGCGGACCCGACAAACAAAGCUCGCUCGGCGGCCGGAGGCGCGAACGGCACCCAUGCGCCCCCCCACCCCCCCACCCCCACCCAUCGCUCCGCGGCGCGCAAAGGAAACCCGCCCCGGGCUUUUCCGAACCGCCCUGCCCACCUUCCCCCUCGGGGGCCCGAGGCCACGCCCCCAGCAUCGCGCCGCGCCGGUCCCCCCCCCCCCGCCCGCUCCAUCCGCGCCGUCCCCGCCCCGGGGCCGCGCGGGGGGCAGCGCAGACCUGGGGGCCAGGCGGGGAACGGCGGCCUCGGAGGGAGGAGGCCGGGGAAGGGGAGUCAGGGAGGACUACAAUGAAGGAGUUAAAUCGGGCUUUUAAGAGUGAAACUUCGGGAGAGCAAGGGGCGGGAUCUCUUCCGCAGACGAGGCGCUGUGUCCGGGAGCCCGCGGCGGCCGUGCCCGCUGGGAGCGACUCCCGAGUCCAGCAAAAUGUGCAACUGGUUUUAUGGAAAAAGCGACGUGAAGUGGGAUUUUACGGCAGUGUUUACAACUGGUUACUGGGAUGA